GAAACCGAUCGCUGUUUUAACGACAGCUCUUUCGCAGCAUAGAUGUCAAAAUGAGGAUUUUGGUGCAUUUGACGAUCAUAUCAGUGCUAAUAAUUGUGAAUUAUCAGUUCGUUAUAUGCGGCGAAAAAGAUUCUCAAUUAAGGAAACGAUUACUCUCAAAAGAAAACCCGAGGCACUCGAAACGACCUUACAUAAUCAAGUGUUGUGGAGGUGCAAAAUGUUCGGCAUCUUUUAAUCGUAAACCAUCGCGAAAUUCGAGUGAUUUGAAAACGAUCUCCACUCACCCUAAAACUUCCAACACUCAAGGCCGAUUUAAAACAACAACUACUGAAGCCAAAGAUAUCAGCAGUGCUUUGCAGCACACUGAUCAUGAAAAUACGGCAAGCUCUAAAUCUGACUCAACCAUCUUCGAAUCGAAUGCAACCUUCUCUACAUCAGAUAAAAUCCCCUCUGUACCAAAUAAAAAUCCCAUUGAAACAGAAACAAUUUCCUCUAAUCAAGACAUCACGUCCUCUGAGCCGACAAAAUCGGAUUUGACUACCAUCUCGGUUUCUCAAAGUGACACAACUAAAUUAGUUGCGGAAAAUACACCUGCUCAGAUAAUAGCAGAAUCAACCACAGAUCCGCCUUCAAGCACCUCAACAGCUGCAGAAGCGACAGCAACAUUGACCACAGCUGCGACAGCGACAAAUUUGGAAACCUCCACGUCAACCACAACAAAAACCACCUCCUCAACCACCACCACCACCACGACAUCAACAACUACAACAGCUAAACCAAUAAAUUUAGCUUGUGAACUGUCUCGGUGCACAAACUUCACUUUCAUCGCGAACCAGGGCGCAUCACCAGUGAUCAGCGCAAGCACGAGCAAGAUAAUUGUUAGAAACGGAGCGACGUUUCUGUUUUCAUCAGCAGCAGCGAGCCAAGUUGACGCGGCCAAGAGCUGCUUCUCGCGCAAAUUGAAUUUAAUUUCUAUGCAGGACACCAUGAAAAAGAAUCUUCUUCAAAAAUUGCUUACUGAUGUUGGCACCGAUUCUGCCGUCUGGACGAUUGGCUCCAACGAAGGCAACAUGUCGUGCCAAAAUUAUAAUUUGAGUUUCGCCUGGUGCAACCCGAAAAGAGAAAUCAUCCUUCCCGCGAUAAUGCAGAAAAUGAGCAGUUUGGAAAUAGUUCAAAAAGGACUCACGACGUCCAUGCUUAGCGGUGUCGCCGUCUUAAAAACAUCAGAUUCUAAUUCAUUGUUUCCGUUUUUGUGCGAGCCAAAAGAUGAUUUUCAAGACACUUGCCUUCCUCUUAAGUGCAACAAAGACAGCACAUUGUUCGACGCAAAUGGCAAUGUUAAGGGCGGAGAAAAGUUUGGGAAGUGGACGCGUACCUGCGACAAAUUGUACCUUUUCUCUAACAAGCUUGGCACUUGGCAGCAGGGUUGGGACUUCUGUUGCAGUUUGGGCAUGCACCCGAUAUCGUUUAGCUCGGCGUCCGAUUUCGAGUGUUUGAGCAGCACAACUAAAGAAAAGUGGGCGCUAAACUGGAAUUAUUGGACGGCGGGACGCGCAAUGGGCACCUGGGGAAGGUGGGCCUGGUGCCCAGGAGCCGUCAACCUUCCCGACUCUCUUUCGUGGGCUCCGGGGCAACCAGACAAUAAUCAGACCAAUGAGAAUUGCCUACACUUGGAAGUGACGAAAACUUCAAGUGGAAUAAUUUUGUCAGACCGGAACUGCAGCCACAAAUUCGUCAUCGCUUGCCAGGGUGACGCGUUGAUGGCGUCCAACUGCAACAAACCGAAUUGUCCAAAGGAGUGUAUUAAAAAUGCAAUGAAAAUUGUUAGUGCUUCGUCUCUUUCAGAUCUUUUUGUUCACGGCCAGUGGAAUGCCGGUUGUGGAAAGGAUUAUCUGUUUUCGGCUGCAACUUUGGAUUGGUUAGGUGCAUGGAAUUAUUGCUGCUCCAUUGGAAUGAAAUUGGCCUCGAUUGAGGCUCUUGAGGAAUUGAGUUGUCUCACGAACAUGGUUGCGAAAUAUCCCAAAGCAGUCUACCCUGAUCAAUGUGGACGCGAUUUCUGGACGUCUGGCACCAAUCGAGGUUGUCCAGGAGCUCACUUCUGGUGUCCAGAGAAUGAAAAAUUAAACAAGGAAGAAAUAUCCAACUGGAAAAACGGGAAAAUGCCCUCGGAGAGUGCUGAUCAGUGCAUUUUUAUUAAUUUGUCAAAUUCGACUUUGAGUGAGACUUACUUGGGCGCUGCCUCUUGUACCGAGCAAAAACCGUUUCUUUGCGAGGCCUUGCAACCGGGCACAAAAUCCGUGCAAAUCGCGCGCACUUGCUCGGAAAUUUGGAAUGUGACAGAAAAUGAAGUGAAUGAUAUAAUCAUGAAUCCAAGCGGCGACGUCGUCAACCAAAGACGCAAUCUCAAAUGUUAUCUGAGGUGCUGCGGGAAAAAAGGAAACGUGAUAAAAACCGGGUCACUGGUGACGGAUCAAAUUUUGCGCAACUUGGAGGACUUGACGGCUGACGACCCACAGGCCAUGCAGGAUGGCUUUGGAAAUUUUGAUUCCUGCACCUCCAUUCAGUCCACUGACGAAUGCCACACGAUGGCCCAGAUGUUUCAGUGUGGAAAGAAAAAUGAUCCAGACCUGACCUUAGGACUCGUGACUGCUAUCAAGGGAGACGCCACUGUUUCCGCAACUGCUACAGGGGGAAUCAAAACUGGCAAUAGAGUGUGUCCUGUGUAUCCAGCAGCAAGUUGUGUACCAAAUCAAGCAAAUAUUGAUGAACUUAAAACUACGGGAUCGACUUUAGGGGGAAAUGCCAUGAAAUUAUCUACUGGCAAAACAUACUUUAUAAAAAUUAUCGGAGGAAUUACCGACGCUCAAGGAGAAGCAGACUACUGCUGCAAACUUGGCACUCACCUUGCCAUUUUCGAAAGCGUAGCUGAUUUCGAAGCUUUUAUGCUUGACUGGCACGAUACUGCAGGCCUCUGGGUUUACAUUGGACCGACUUUCGACAAUGGAGAUGGCACCGACAGCUGGUGCUCAACCUUCAAGAAGCUGCCAGCAGGAUUGAUCAAAGACAUCAACUUUUAUUAUCGCAACCAGCUGUACGACUCAACUCACAUUUACGUGGCGAAAGCCUUAGGAUUUGCAUUAUAUAUCAAAGGAUACCCGUGCAACGUAGUCUUAUGUGGCCCACUUUCCUACUAGAACAAAUGAGCUAUUUUCGAUCAAAUUAUACCAAUUGUAAAAACACAUUUUAAAAUUUCAUAAUAUAUGCGUGAGACACAUUUCUUAUUUUUAUUAUGAGUUUGGCAAUGGUGUUUUUCUUGCAUAAAAAAUAUUCUAAAUAAAAAUCUGUGUAUAAUUAUUGUUGAUGACACAGAAUUUUCAUUAUAAGUCCAAUAAAUACAAAAAAUAAUUUCGAGACCUAGCAACAAAUAUUGUAUUCUAAUAC